AUGUCGCUCUUUGGAUCUAAUAAUUCUACGGCUGGGAAGCCAGCCGGUGGUCUAGGAUUCUCCUUUGGGGGUCAGCAAAACACACAACAGAAUCAACAGAACCAACAGAACCAACAACCUCAGCAGCAACAACCACAAUUUGGCCAGCAGCAACAGCAACAGCCAGCAGCUAACUCAACAGCGCUGACGAUGCAAAGCUCCGGUUUCGAGAAAUCUUCGAAUUUGUCCACCAGCGCGUCUUCAAUUAACCCUGAUGGCUCAUCUGGAAAGGUGUUGAAAGACUUGUUGGAAUCCGCUAGUAACUUGCCAAAGUUAGACAAUGUUAAUGUUGGUUCUAUCCACUUGCCUUUAAAUGAAUUGCAAACUCGUACACAGCUGUUGAGAAGAAAGGAAAGAGACUUGGGUGGCUUCACGAAGGCUCAUUACUUGCUCUCUGGCAGUGGUAUCAAUGCUGGCGAUAUAGAAAUGGAAUUGAAAAACAUUCGUGGUCCUCCAGCCACUUUGGAACAGCGCAAAAAAGAACAGCAGGAACAACCACAUCAGCAACGCCAGUCGCAAUUUCAACAACUCCACGACCAGCAACACCAAAAGUCUGCUCUCCUGGCCCAGCAAGUUCACCAGCUCUCUCAAGAACAGCAGAGGCAUGAACUCACACAUGAUCAACAGAGCCUUGAUCUUGCUUCUCGUGAAGGCUUAGCUGGAGAAAGACAGUUGAGCCGCCUAGAUGGAGCUCGUAUGCCUGUUUCUUCUGGCCAAGCUGGAAAAAACAUAGAAAGCUUUUUAAGCGCUAAAAAGGAUGAAAAUAUCUUAAAUGCUAUCGAGCUGUCGCUUCUCGCCGCUUCUCGCGACUUUGAUAACUUCAUCACCAAGAAUAUAUCCAUUGAUUGGAAGGUUCGCAAAGAUCACCUAAAGAAGUCCCUUGGUAUUCCUGUCAGAACUAAGAUUAGCCAAGAAGAACUUUCUAAGUCUUUUACAUGGAACCAGACUCAACCUGGCAAUUAUCGUAUUCUUACGCCGUUGAAGAAUAAGUCUGCAUCAUCGAGUGUCAGGCAACUUACGAGGGAGAAGUUCGAAAGUCAUGCUAAAAUUGUCUAUCUGUUGAACGAAGCUCGCUUGAAGCAACAACCUUUCCCUGUCGCUCUAAGCUUCGAGGAGUUGAACAAGGCCAACCUGGACCUCAAGUCUAAGCAGUUGGCAGAAGCUUGGAGAAUUAUUGCAUCAUUGGCCAAUGAGAAGUUUGUUAAGCUCGACCAAGAGCAGGCAUUCUUUUCGGAAUAUCAAAGCAAGACCAAUGAAAGUCAAUUGAAAAAGCGAAUUGUCUUGAAUUCUAAAUCUUGCUUAGAAAAGCAGUUCUUCGACUACAUGGAUGAAAGCUACACCAAGGAUGAUGAGAAGUUGCCAGACCAUCGCGUCCCUAGUAACAUUAAUAAGGUCUCGCAUUUCAUUACUAAGAUCAUCGCUAAAAACAGCGAUGCCAAAUUUCUUGAGAGAACUCUACAGGUCAAUGGAGUACCUAUUUGGGCUCUCGUUUACUACCUCAUGCGCAGUGGUUUGUAUUCCGAGGCUGUUCAGCUCGCUGACUCGAAGAGAGAGCUUUUCGAUAAGUUCGACAAAAACUUCCCAAUCUACAUUUCCAGCUAUGUCAAGAAUGAGUGCUGUGGUUUGCCAAGUGACCUUCAAGAGAGACUAGCGUCUGACUUCAAUCAAACUUUCCAAUUCCUUGACGAGAAGUCUCCUAAUUUCGACCCAUACAAAUACGCCGUCUAUAAGGUGAUUGGCAAAUGUGAUUUAGCAAAGAAGAGUCUUCCUGCUGCUGUCAACCUCAGCAUUGAGGACUGGUUGUGGUUCCACUUAUCUCUCAUAAAUGAGUUCAACUAUGAUGCAUCAUCAAGCUUGAUCUACGAGAACUACAGGCUUGAAAAUUUACAGAAGAAAGUGUUGUCACUUGGACCAACAAAGUUCAAUGCUUCGUCAAACAACCCGCUGUACCUCAAGACUUUAAUUCUGCUCGGUUUGUACGAGCUUGCUGUAAAAUUUGCCUAUGAAACGAUAAACGAAUGUGAUGCCGUUCACCUUGCCAUCGGCUUAUGCUACUACGGAUUGCUUAGAGUAUCUGGCUUAUCGAACGACGAUCUUUUGGCUAUCAAUUCUUCUGAUCAGCAUGAGAUAAAUUUCAGCAGACUCCUCGGUUCAUACACUAGAACAUUCAAGAUCAGUGAUCCAAAGGUUACAGUUCAAUACUUGAUCCUUAUAUGUAUGGCAAAGGGAGGAAAAUGUCCUGAGGAGACCGCCAAAUGUCACGAAGCCUUACGUGAGCUCAUCCUUAUUUCUCGCGAAUUUACCUUGUUAUUGGGAGAGCUUAAUGAUGUUACAGGAGAAAAGCUGUCUGGUAUUCUCGAGAAACAGCGUUCAUUAAUUAACUUGUCAGACUUGGCCAAGUUCCAGCGCACAAUUAUUGAUGUUAGUGCUUCAAGAUGCGAAGAGGAAGGAAGAGUGUUUGAUGCUCUUUUACUCUACCAAUUGAGUCAAGACUACGACGUUGUUGUCCGCCUUAUCAACGAAUUUGUUGGUGAAACGCUCUCAAUGUCUGAGCUUGAUAAACCUUUAUUAUCACAGAACACUUACAGAACGCCUUCAGGCAAUGAGAAGCCAGAGCAGAGCAUUGAAAACAACUUCAUCCUUCUCAGCAAGCAUGUGAUGGGAACAUUCAACAAUAACAGCUCUAUUUUGGGCAGAAUUUCACCAGCUGCAAAGAAGGUGAACGACGCUUUGUUGGAAGUUGUUGAUAUUCGUGAGAGUUUUGCAGCCAAGAACUGGGAAGACAGUUUGACCGCUCUUCAAAAGUUGCCUUUCCUUGCUUCCCUCACCAGUGAUGAUUUCGUCGCGGUCAGGAACUCUGCUGAAUCAUUGACCGACUACGAUGUUUCCCUCCUUCGUGUUGUCCCAUCGUUGCUCGUCAUGGUAAUGACUAGCGUUGCCCAACUCACUCGUCGCAUCAAGGACAAGCAAUUCGGUUCCGUGGGAAAUGAAAAAGACGUCUUGGCAAACCUUAGAAAGAUCGCCAAAAAUUGCAUGGUUUACGCUGGCCUCAUUCAGUACAGAAUGCCCCGCGAGACUUACAGCUUGCUUGUAAACCUUGAGCUGCAGUUGUAA